UGCAAUGAAAUCUUGUAUUACCGCACACCUCCUUCCACUAUUCUGCGUGGUGGUGCUGGUUCUCCGUUGACCAAGCCCGGUCUCCUUACUGCUGUGCAAUUUCAAAAAACGGUCCGCACACACCAAUGUUGCAGUCGGGGAUUGUGCCCCUUUUAUUAAUGCCACCAACAAUCAACGUUUCGGGGGGAACACAGCCUCCCUUCUUCAGGAUAAAUUUACAAAGUGCACAGUGCCAUAUUUUUAUACCCUUAACUCCUCCCAUCCCACCUGUGUGGCAUCUCAUUAGUGCCGUUUAUACAAUUAACUCUUAAAGUUCAUUCAAAACCAAUGUAAAUGAGUAUGCAUCAUAUUAAACAUGUGUUACAACUGACCAUACAUAUCUUCAUUUAAUAAAAAACUUUUUACUCACU